UUAUAGGUUAUAAACAUUGGAUUAACAAACAACAGGUCGAUUAUAAAUUUCAAUAAUUAGGAUGACCUAACAGAAAUAUUUUCAAACAGAAAGAAGCCACUCGACUUAUAUUAAUUGAUUAUAUAGAUAGUAUGACGAUUUUAUAACUUAGUUGAUAAAGAUGUCUAGGCUUUUUUUGAAUUCGUUUGAUAUUCGCAAUUUUUUCAGGAGCAAAACAAUAGUUUUAAGAUCCUAUAGUAAAUUCUAUAGUAAAGUUCACAAUGCUCCUCAAGAAAAAAUACCCAACUUGUUACAAAAAUCUUCUAAAAUAGGUGUAUUUGCGGGUGGUGGAACUGUAGCAGCAAUUAUUUUAAGAAAUCACAGAGUAUUUUGUGAGAAAAAAACAAGGUUAUCAGGAUACAAAGAUAUAUCAACGAAAAAUGUUCCAUUCAAUUGGAAAAAAUUAUGGAAAUAUCUGAAGCCCCAUGUUUUUUACUUCUUUGCUGCAAUAGCAGGUGCCUUGAUUGUUGCUAUCCUAAAUAUUCAAAUACCUUUAAUAAUAGGUAAUAUAAUAAAUAUUGUUUCUAGAUUUGGAGAAACAAAUAAUAGUAAAUUAUUCAUUGAGCAAAUGACAAUUCCAUGUAUAAAGAUAAUAGCAAUGUAUGGAAUGCAGGCUUUCUCCACAUUUUUUUAUAUACAUAUGUUAUCACAUUUGGGAGAAAAGAUGGCUUUUAGUAUGAAGAGAGAUUUAUUUGAAGCAGUUCUGAAGCAAGAUAUUGGUUUCUUUGAUGAUCACAGGACCGGAGAAGUUAUCAAUAGGUUAACUUCAGAUAUUCAAGACUUCAAAAGUAGCUUCAAACAGACAGUUUCAGGUGGUCUCAGGGCUAUUACUCAAAUAAUAGGCUGCUCAGCCUCUCUAGUAAUGAUUUCUCCACAAAUGACACUUAUUACUUUGUUAUGUGUUCCAAGUAUUGUUGUUGUUGGAACUAUAUUUGGAAAGUUGUUGAGAAAUAUAUCAAUCAGGGCGCAAGUGCAGGGAGAAAAAAGUACGUCUGUAGCAGAUGAAGCAGUUGCUAACAUUAGAACUGUGAGGGCAUUUGCUAUGGAAGCAGAUGAAGAAAAGUUAUUUGAAACUGAAGCUGCUUUAGCAAUGGAUCUCAACAUUAGAUUAGGGUUUGGGAUUGGUUUGUUUCAAGCAGGAACAAAUCUUUUUCUUAAUGGAAUGGUUUUGGGGACAAUAUACAUGGGAGGUUACCUGUUAGCUACAAAACAACUAUCCUCUGGGGAACUAAUGGCAUUUUUGAUAGCUUCACAAACUAUCCAAAGGUCUUUUGCACAGAUAUCAUUAUUGUUUGGUUCUGUUAUAAGAGGUAUGGCAUCAGGAACAAGGGUUUUUGAAUAUAUGGAUAUGAAACCAAUGAUACCUUUGACCGGGGGUCAUAUUAUUCCUGAUGAUAAAUUAAAGGGUAAUAUUGAAUUCAGAAAUGUAGAAUUUUCUUAUCCUUCUAGACCAGACCAGGUUAUUUUGAAGGACUUCAAUUUAUCGAUUCCUGCUGGUAAAACUGUAGCCAUUGUUGGAGCUUCAGGAAAUGGUAAAUCUACAGUUGUUGCUCUAUUGGAAAGGUUUUACGAUGUCAAUGCAGGCAGUAUAACAUUAGAUGGUGAAGAAUUGCUCUCAUUAGAUCCUUCCUGGUUGAGAAAACGAGCAUUAGGGUUGAUCAGCCAAGAACCAAUAUUGUUUGGAACAUCAAUUAUUGAGAAUAUUCGAUAUGGUAAACCUGAUGCUACUGAUGAAGAGGUGAUUAAUGCAGCUCACCUGGCUAAUGCUCAUAAUUUCAUCACCAGUUUUCCCCAAGGUUAUGAAACUUUAGUUGGAGAAAGAGGUGCUACAUUAUCAGGUGGACAAAAACAGAGAAUCGCUAUAGCAAGAGCGCUUUUGAAAAAUCCAACUGUAUUAUUAUUGGAUGAAGCAACUAGUGCCCUCGACACAGAAUCAGAGAAAAUUGUUCAAGCAGCCCUAGAAAAAGCUCAAAAAGGAAGGACUGUUAUCGUUAUAGCUCAUAGGCUCUCAACAAUUGAAAAUGCUGAUAUAAUAGUGGUACUUCAUCGUGGUAAAAUAGUAGAGGUUGGCAAUCAUGAAUUCCUUAAAAAUUCAAAAGGUUACUAUUGGUCCUUAAUCUAUCAGCAACAAGAAGUUCCAGCAGGAUAAGAGGACCAAAAAAAUUGUUACAAAGACCAAAAAUUGAAUUCUUAUUUUAUAUUUGCAAUUCUAUUGACAUUAUAACAUCUAAUGUUGUUUUUGAUUAGAAACAACUGAAUAAAGAUAAAACAUAUUAACAAGGUA